AUGCUCGCUGAUUCCGGGUCUCUUUACCUUAAACCCUCCGACGACCUUGCGCUUGCGACUCUAGCUUUGUCAAUAGUUCUGUCUGUCCUGACUCUCGCCACCGUUUCGCUAAGAUGCUGGCUUCGCAUGCAAGAGAAGCUCUUUGGGGCAGAUGAUGGUAUGAUGCUCGUCGGCAUGGUCACUUUUCAGGCAACAUCCUGUGUGACUGCAUAUGCCUGCUUCAUCGGCAUAGGGACCCACGAUGCGAAAAUCAACAUGGUACAAUAUUCUGAGGCACACAAGGACUGUGCCUACGACGCUGUCUUGGUUAUCGGGUUCGUGGUGACCGGAACAUCUAUUCUAACGGACUUUGCCUGCGCUGGCUUGCCGAUUUUUAUUCUAUGGAAUAUGCAAAUGGACCGUAAGAUGAAGAUACUGACAUGGGUCAUGCUGGCUCUUGGUGCCAGUGCAUCUUUGUCAACUAUCGUCCGAAUUCCAUACCUGCAAUACUGGAGUAUCAGGGCUGAUCAACUUUACAACAUCGCCAAUGUUAUUAUCUGGUCGAUGUUCGAAUGCGGGAUUGGUAUAGUGGCAGGCAGUCUCUCUAUGCUGCGGCGGUUGGUAAUUCAGUGGGUGCCUCAAAGGGCCCCUGAUGAAGAAGAACCAUCGACUCCCUUGCCACCAGCCCGCUCUCUCAUCACUAUUGGCGGGUUCGUCUCCAGCCAACAGACGAAACCCUCUACAUCUCGCCAAUUCAAACCAGCGGACCUAGGUGCUGCGAUGAGUACCAACCGUGUUGGCACAUAUGAACAGCUUAGCGGCUCAUCGGCUGGGAACAAAUCGGCUUCAGUUGCUGGAAGCGGCCACAACGGGUUGGAAAUGACGGAUCUCGGUCAUAAAAGACGCCACGGGAGCGAUGCAACGGACAAACGGCCCCUUCGAGAAACGUUCUGA